AUGGCCUCAAUGGGGCUGCAGGUGCUGGGCAUCGCCCUCUCCGUCAUCGGCUGGCUGGCCUCCAUCCUCUGCUGUGCGCUGCCCAUGUGGCGGGAGACGGCCUUUGUGGGCAACAACAUCGUGGUGGCGCAGAUCAUCUGGGAAGGGCUGUGGAUGAACUGCGUGGUGCAGAGCACGGGCCAGAUGCAGUGCCGGGUGUACGACUCCCUGCUGGCGCUGCCGCAGGACCUGCAGGCUGCCCGCGCGCUGGUGGUGGUGGCCAUCGUGCUGGCUGUGCUGGGCACCCUGCUCGCCGUCGCCGGCGGCAAGUGCACCAACUGCGUGGAGGACGAGACUGCCAAGGCCAAGGUCAUGAUCCUCUCCGGUGUCACCUUCAUCAUCGCCGGCGUGCUGAUCCUCAUCCCCAUCUCCUGGUCGGCCAACUCCAUCAUCCGGGACUUCUACAACCCUCUUGUCGCCGAGUCCCAGAAGCGGGACCUCGGCUCGUCCCUCUACGUGGGCUGGGCUGCCUCUGCGCUGCUGCUGCUGGGGGGGGGCAUCCUGUGCUGCACCUGCCCGCCGCGGGGCGAGAAGCCCUACUCUGCCAAGUACACGGCGUCCCGCUCGCUGCCGGCCAGCAACUACGUCUAG